AUGUGUGGCCCAUUUAAAAGCUGCCAGGCCAUUUUACGCCUCUUGGAAAUCAUCUUCAGCGCUUUGUCCCUCAUCAUCAUCAUGAUCAGGGGCGGGAUGGUGAGUCCACGGGGCGUGUGGUGCGAGUUCGUCUGGGUGUUCUGCAUCAUCGUGCCCCUGGUGCUGAUGGUGAUGGAGGCCAUGUCGUGGCACAAACUCCUGGCCGCCUUCCUCCCCGACUGGGCCGACCUGAGCUGCGGGCUGACCCUGCUGUGUGCCGCCAUGACCAUCUCGGCCACAAUCAUCUCGGCCACAAUCAUCUCGGCCACAAUCAUCUUCGCAGCUGUGUUCGCCUGCCUCUCCUGCGUCCUCAACAUCCUGUGUGUCAUCUUCUCCCUGGUCGCCACAGCUGUCUUCCUGGUCGACGCUGUAAAGCAGAAGAUCACGUGUCGGAGCUGCUACCUCUCCGGCCUCAGAGGCCUCCUCCGCAUGUCAGAGGCCUUCCUGGCUUGUAUCAUUCUCACCGCCGCCGCCGACUACUUUGUGAAUCAGCAUUGGUCCGUUCCUCCUUUUGGGAUGAUAGGCAGCAUCAUCGUGUUUGCCGUUUGCCUCCUGGUCACCGUGGUCAUCAUCCUCCUCCACCUGCUCAAGCUCCUGCGGUGCCUCCUCUCAUUCGGCCUCGGCUUGAUGGAGUUUGUGUUCAACAUCGUGACGGUGCUGUCGUACCUGCUCGCCAUCACUCUCUGGAUUGUCUUUGGUUACAAACACUACAAUUACAGCCCUUACAUCUGUGAGCGCUGCUCCUACGCAGACUUCAUCACCGUCAUCGUCGGAGCCCUCGUCAACCUGGUGCUUUACCUGGUCGACCUGGUUUUAUCCUUCAAAUCCCUCUAG